CCCUACGCCAGGAAGAUGCAAAAGUUAGUAGUAGUGAAGAAAAUGAAAGUCCUUGUUUUCUUUGUUGCUAUAGUUCUAGCAGCAUGGCAUUGCCAUGGCUCAGACCAUGACCAUGACCAUGGCCACACCUACCAAAUUUUCCCUCUGAGAAUGAAAACUGGCCAUGGUGGCCACUACAUUCCGGAGGUAUCAUGCCAAAGUUGGAGGCUUGGUGUGGAAGCACACAACGUCAUUGACUGGAAAACCGUUCCUCAAGAUUGCGAGGGAUAUAUUGGGAACUACAUGCUUGGCGAACAAUAUAGAUCAGACUCCAAAAUAGUUAACCAACAAGCUUAUUUCUAUGCUAAAACCCUCAAUAUCACUGCCAAAACCGCAUGGGUGUUCGACAUAGAUGAGACUACACUCUCUAAUCUCCCUUACUAUGCUGACCAUGGAUUUGGGGUGGAGUUAUAUAAUGAAACAUCGUUUAAUAAAUGGGUUGACCUUGGCGAGGCACCGGCACUGCCAGAGAGUCUCAAAUUGUACAAGAAACUGUUGUCUCUUGGCAUCAAGAUUGUAUUCAUAACAGGAAGACCACUGGAUCAAAAGGCUGUAACUGCUACCAACUUAAAGCUUGCUGGAUAUCACACAUGGGAAAAGUUAAUUACCAAGAAUACAUCUGAAUACCAUGGUAAGACAGCAGUUACAUACAAAUCUACUGAGAGAAAGAAGCUGGAGGAAAAAGGAUACAAAAUCAUUGGAAACAUUGGAGACCAAUGGAGCGAUCUAUUAGGAACCAACACAGGCGAUAGGACCUUUAAGUUGCCUGAUCCCAUGUACUACAUUAGUUGAGGUCUCUAGGGCUCUUACUAGCAUGUUCCUAUGAAUAAAAUAAGAUGCAUGUUGUAAUAAUGGAGAGAUCGACUUAAACCAAGGAGCACUCGUUAAUUAAUUGCUAUGUAUGUGACUUUGUGUGAGACAAAAGGUCACGUGGUAAGAGACUGUACAAGCACAACGGUGUUUUAUCUUUCGUGGUUUUAAUAAAUCAUGUGUGCUAUAAUUCCGUUAAUUUAA